UGAUUUUCAGAAACGGAAAAGAUCCCUGUAAUGCGCGGACAGUGGUUUAUUGAUGGUACGUGGCAACCUCUGGAAGAGGAAGAAAGUAACCUCAUAGAACAGGAGCACCUCCACCGCUUCAAAGGCCAGCAGCUGCAAGAGAGCUUUGAUAUGGAAGUAUCAAAACCUGUUGAUGGGAAGGAGGGUCUCAGCAGUGGCAUGACUUUCUCAGCUAUUCAUAGUCUAAAGUUGAGCCGCAACCAUGUGGACUGGCACAGUGUGGACGAAGUGUAUCUUUACAGCGAUGCAACCACAUCUAAAAUUGCAAGAACUGUCACACAAAAGUUGGGGUUUUCUAAAGCUUCGAGCAGUGGGACAAGGCUACAUAGAGGCUAUGUAGAAGAAGCUACGUUAGAAGACAAGCCGCCACAAACUAGUCACAUUGUGUUUGUUGUGCAUGGUAUUGGGCAGAAAAUGGACCAAGGAAGGAUCAUCAAAAACACAGCUAUGAUGCGAGAUACUGCAAGAAAAAUAGAAGAAAAAUAUUUUUCCAAUCUUGCAACACAUGUUGAAUUUCUUCCAGUUGAAUGGAGAUCAAAACUUACCCUUGAUGGAGACACUGUGGACUCCAUUACUCCAGAUAAAGUGCGAGGCUUGAGGGAUAUGCUGAACAGCAGCGCGAUGGAUAUCAUGUAUUAUACCAGUCCCCUCUACAGAGAUGAACUGGUCAAAGGGCUGCAGCAAGAGCUGAACCGGCUAUACACACUCUUCUGCUCCCGGAACCCAGAGUUUGAGGAGAAAGGAGGGAAAGUCUCCAUUGUGUCGCACUCGCUGGGCUGCGUCAUCACCUACGACAUCAUGACCGGCUGGAACCCGGUCAGGCUUUACGAGCAGUUGCUGCAGAAGGAGGAGGAGGAGCUUGAGGACCGUUGGAUGAGCUACGAGGAGCAAUGUUUACUUGAAGAACUUUACAGAACUAAACAACGGUUGAGAGAGAUAGAAGAGAGAUUACAUGGGUUAAAGGCAUCCACCAUAUCAAAACCACCUGUCUUAAAAUUUAAGGUUGAGAAUUUCUUCUGUAUGGGAUCUCCACUAGCAGUUUUUUUGGCGUUGCGUGGCAUCCGUCCAGGAAACAGCGGUAGUCAAGACCAUAUUCUGCCCAGAACAAUUUGUAACCGCUUACUAAAUAUUUUUCAUCCAACAGAUCCAGUGGCCUAUAGAUUAGAACCUUUAAUUCUGAAACACUACAGCAACAUUUCGCCUGUCCAGAUCCACUGGUACAACACUGCAAACCCUCUACCUUAUGAGUGCAUGAAGCCAAAUUUUCUCAACCCAACAAAAGAACCUACCUCAGUUACUGACAGCGAAAGUGCUUCAACUGUACCCAGCCCAAUGACUUCACCAGUCAUGGUUCGACGCCACUACGGGGAGUCUAUAACGAACAUUGGCAAAGCAAGUAUAUUAGGAGCUGCGAGUAUCGGGAAGGGCCUCGGCGGGAUGCUUUUUUCAAGAUUUGGCCGAUCUAGUACCACCACCCCACAGACCCUGGAGACGGGAAAGGAUGGAGCCGAGGGGGAUGACAAGAAGGCCACCACUGCUGGGACACCUCCUUUCCCGCACAGCGGCUCAGGCUUCCUUGAACCCGCAG